AUGCGUUUCAAGAGCAGAAUCAAGUCGGUGACUAUAUUCGAGAAAGUAUGCGCUUCACUGGCAUCGCUGAAUCCGAUUGCCUGGUGUCGGUUGACUGAGGACGAUGUCCAGUUCACGGUCAUUCCUGAUAAAGGAACACAAUGUUGGUCCAGGCUACAGUUGGAAACGAUUUUCGACAAGUACAUUUGCCAGUCUGCUUCCGAGAAGAAUACCAUCAAUCUCGAGAUCCCGUUGCAAGCAUUGUCGCGGGCACUGAAGUCCGCUUCAAAUGCUACAGAUGUGUGGAUUAAGCUGACCAAGAAGGAUAAUGUGCCCAUGCUCUCUCUAACAAUUCAUAGCAGUACCUAUGUGGGAAACAACAGUGUAGUCACUGCGGAACCGAUCACUGAUGAGUUCGGUGAAUUUGACGUUGAUAUUGAUCUGAACGAUCCGGCUUUCGGGGGAGCUGGAUAUGGACAGCAUAGAGAAAGACAGACAGUUAUUACUCAAGAUAUUCCUGUCAAGGUGCUUCAUCCUAGUGACGUCGGAGGACUACAUGAACCAAAGCUCCGAGAGCCUGAUAUACACAUUUACAUGCCAGGUCUGGCACAGGUCAAGAGUAUAUCGGACAAAUUCACAAAAUUAGCUACGGCAACCACUGUCUCGACCUCUGCAAAGAACGCGCCACGUCUCGAGAUGAGUGCUAACAUGUACGGUGCCCUGAAGAUAGCAGUAAAGACAGAUGCUCUAUCAAUCUCGAGCCUCUGGACAAACUUACUGAACCCCGACCUCGAUGCGACCCAGUUUGAGGGCGGCGAGCAGGCAGUACGAGAUCAUCCCAGUACGAGGAUGAAAGAGCUUGGCGGGCCUGAUGGGCAGAAUGAGGCUGGCUGGGCAAAGGUUAGAAUCGAUGCCAAGGAUUGGUCGCGAGUCUUAAGUGUGGGCAGGGUGAGCAACAGGGUGAUAGGCUGCAUCAUCGAUGAUAUGGCGCUCAUCAUGUACUGUUGGAUUGGCAACCAGGACGACGACGAAGAAUCAUGUCUCACAUAUUACAUCAGCAGCUUUAGUGCUUAA